AUGUGGUAUAGACAUGAAACCAGGAAGAAAACGAAGAAAACGAAGGAAGCGACACCUUAUGUGGAGCGCUACACAAGUAGAAAAGAGUGGAAGAAAGACCUUGAUGCUGGAAUAAUGGAUCUGAACAUGGGUCAUGCUGUUGGGCGCGUCAAGAAGAGAAAGGCAGCCGAAGAAAUACCACCGUCUGAUGACCGCGAGCGCAAACAAACUGAACAGUGCCGCCGUCGGCGCAAGAGACGUGAGAAUAAACUGGUCGCCGCGCCGCAGGAGGGCGCUCCUGGGCAUGUGGAGGAGGAAGAGGCAUCUAAGGGCCUCGUAAAUGCUGUCAUGAUGGAACAAGCCUGUAGAGAUUUAGAGGAGGAGUCAGCCGAGGGUCUCAUGGGUGCUGACAAGAUGGGCGAAGCAUGUAGUGACACUGAGGAAAGGGCAAAUGAGGGUGUCGUAGACGUUUCUGAUAUUGACCCAGCAUGUGGAGAUGAGGAGGAAGAGGAAGCUAAGGGCCUCGUGAAUGCUGCUAGGAUGGAAGAAGCGCUUCAAGAUUUAGAGGAGGAGGCAGCUGAAAGUCUCAUGGGUGCUGCCAAGAUGUGUGAAGCAUUUGCAGAGACUGAGGAAGGCGCAGAUGAGGGUGUCGUGGACAUUUCUGAUAUUGACCCAGGAUGUGGAGAUGAGGAGGAAGAGGAAAUUAAGGGUCUCGUGAAUGCUGCCAGGAUGGAACAAGCCCAUCAAGACUUAGAGGAGGAGGCAACUGUAAGUCUCAUGGGAGCUCCCAAGAUGUGUGAAGCAUGUGGUGACACUGAGGAAGGGGCAAAUGAGGAUGUCGUGGACGUUUCUGAUAUUGACCCGGCAUGUGGAGAUGAGGAGAAAGGGGCAGCUGAGAGUGUAGUGAAUGCUACUAGGAUGGAAGAAGCCCAUCAAGAUUUAGAGCAGGAGGCAGCAGAAAGUCUCAUGAGUAUUGCCAAGGUGGGUCAAGCGUGUGGUGAAAUUGAGGAAUGGGCAGAUGAGGGUGUCAUGGAUACUAUUGAGAUUGCCCCAGCAUGUGGAGAUGUGGAGGGAAGGGCAGCUAAGGGUCCCGUGAAUGCUGCCAGGAUGGAACAAGCCCAUCAAGGCUUAGAGGAGGAGGCAGCUGCGAGUCUCAUGGGUGCUGCCCAGAUGGAUGCAAACUGUGAAGAUGAGGAGGAGGGGUCAGCUGAGACUCUCGUGAAUGUUGCUAAGACGGAACAAGCCCCUAGAGAUCUAGAGGAGAAUGCAGCCGAGAGUGUCAUGGGUGAUGCCAAGAUGGAGGAAGUCCAUCGCGAGCUGCUUGCCGCUGCCGCGGCGGACUGUCGGUGGCAGUCUGUUGCGCAGCGGCGAGGGUGGCACGCCCCGGGCGGCGGCUACGCCUGA